ACCGCUUUGACACUACGCCGCAGAAACAAUCAUGGCUGCCUGUUUGACAACCUGUGUCGUCCGCUAGCUGAGAUAUUCAUUAAAACUGCUGAUUUCUAAUUUUCAUUCUGAGAUCUAUGAGACUAAUUUAGAUACAAACAUGCGUGGCGUUCUCAUGGUGGCUGAAAAGCCAUCUUUGGCAACAUCUUUAGCCCAUAUACUAAGCAAUGGACACUCCACCAGCAGAAAAGCAAUUAAUGGAGCUUGUUCUGUUCACGAAUGGCAAGGAACAUUCAGAGGGGAAUCUGUCUUCUAUAAGAUGACCUCAGUGUGUGGUCAUGUGAUGUCACUUGACUUUAUCAGCAAGUAUAAUAAUUGGGAUCGUGUUGACCCUGUUGAACUCUUUACUUGUCCAGCUGAAAAGAAAGAGGCUACUCCUAAACUUCGCAUGACUCAAUUACUUUCUCAAGAGGCUCGAGGUUGUGAUUUUCUGGUUUUAUGGCUUGAUUGUGAUAAAGAAGGAGAGAAUAUCUGCUUUGAAGUCAUAAAUGCUGUUGAAGGCUUUUUAAGGAGAAGUGUCACAGUCCCUGAUGUUGUUUGGAGGGCUCACUUUUCUGCAAUUACUGAUAAAGAUAUCAAAGAAGCUAUGGCAAAUCUUGGCAAACCGAAUGAAAAUGAGGCUCGCUCUGUUGAUGCUCGACAAGAGCUGGACUUAAGGAUUGGGUGUGCUUUCACCCGCUUCCAGACAAGAUUUUUUCAGGGAAAGUAUGGGGAUUUAGAUGCAUCCUUAAUUUCAUAUGGGCCCUGCCAAACACCUACUUUAGGUUUCUGUGUCCAAAGACAUGAUGAGAUUCAGACAUUCAAACCAGAACCUUACUGGGUCCUCCAGGUGGUUGUUAAAACGGCUGAAGGGAGAGAAGUGAGUCUUGAAUGGGAUAGAGUUCGAUGUUUUGAGAGAGAAAUUGCUCAAAUGUUUUUGGUGCAAUUGAAAGAGUUUAAAGAAACAGUAUGCUCAAAGGUAUCUGUAAAAGAAAAGGCCAAACAACGCCCUCAGGCUCUGAACACUGUAGAAUUAAUGAGAGUUGCAAGUUCAGGUCUUGGUAUGGGGCCUCAUCAUGCCAUGCAGAUUGCUGAACGUCUGUACACUCAAGGAUACAUCUCAUAUCCAAGAACUGAAACUACCCAUUACCCAGAGAAUUUUGACCUGAUAGGGACUUUAAGACAGCAGCAGAAUAGCAGUGAAUGGGGGUCUGAAGUCAAAGAACUGCUUUCAUCUGGAAUUAAUAAACCCCGGAAGGGAACUGAUGUAGGCGACCAUCCACCUAUAACACCCAUGCGUGCCGCAAGUCAGUCUGAGCUGGAUGGUGAUGCUUGGCGCCUCUAUGACUACAUUACCAGACACUUUAUCGCUACACUAUCAAAAGACUGCACAUACUUGAGUACUACUGCAACAUUUCAAAUUGGGAAUGAAACUUUUACCUGCACGGGAAAGACUCUUCUUGAUCCAGGAUACACAGUGGUCAUGCAUUGGCAAGCACUAGGGAAGAAUGAAACUGUUCCAAACUUCGCGGAGGGUCUGACGUAUGAAAUUCAAGAUGUCAGAUUGGGAGAGUGUCAAACGUCUCCUCCAGACCAUUUAACUGAGUCUGAACUGAUUACAUUAAUGGAAAAACAUGGUAUAGGUACAGAUGCCUCAAUACCUGUUCAUAUUAAUAACAUUUGUGUAAGGAACUAUGUAACUUUAGGUUCUGGAAGACGCUUAAUACCAACAACGCUGGGUACAGUUUUAGUGCAUGGAUAUCAAAAGAUUGACCCUGACUUAGUCCUACCGACCAUGAGAACGGCUGUAGAGGAGCAAUUAAAUUUAAUUGCUGCAGGUCGUGCUGAUUUCAAUGCAGUUCUUCAUCACACUACAGAAAUUUUUAAACUCAAAUUCCAGUACUUUGUGAAAAAUAUAGAAGGCAUGGACAAUCUUUUUGAGGUCUCCUUUUCCCCUAUAGCAGCAACUGGAAAGGCUCAUUCUAGGUGUGGUAAAUGCCGCCGGUAUAUGAAAUACAUUCAGACAAAACCAUCCAGACUUCACUGUGCUCACUGUGAUGAAACACUUAACUUGCCACAAAAUGGAAACAUAAGAAUUUACAAGGAGCUACGUUGCCCUCUAGAUGAUUUUGAACUCCUCUCAUGGUCUGCCGGCUCAAAGGGACGAUCCUACCCAUUCUGCCCCUACUGCUUUAAUAAUGCUCCUUUCCGUGAUAUGAAAAAAGGUAAUGGGUGUAAUCAGUGCACUCACCCAUCAUGCCCACAAGGCAUGUAUAGUCUUGGUGUUUCAAGCUGUGUGGAGUGUGAGUCAGGUAUCAUGGUCUUGGAUCCAUCAUCUGCUCCAAAGUGGAAGCUUGGCUGUAAUAAGUGUGAUGUUAUCAUUCAUGUAUUUGAAGAAGCUCACAAAGUUACUGUGGAGGAAGGUAUCUGUGAAUGUGGUGCUCAGCAUGUCAAGGUUGAGUACCGAGAGGAUAGAAGUCGUUUGCCCAAGGAAGCCACAGAGGCUACAGGUUGCAUCUUCUGCUCCAGCUUCUUUGUACCUUUGGUUGAAAAGCAUCGUGCAGUGCAGAGACCAAUGAGCAAUCGAGCCCCCCGCGGACGUGGAGGCGGCAGGGGCAGAGGCAAAGCAAAGGCCCGCCCUCCUAAGGAUAAGAUGGCUCAGCUAGCAGCGUAUUUUGUGUGAGUUUGGUUAAUACCUAUAUUUCUCUAGGCAUGAUCCUAUUUCAGUCUCUCUAUUUGUAGUGUUUCUAAAUAUAAACCAAUUUAAAACACAAACCUUUAGUGGGAUGUGAACUGAAUUUUAUUCAGUUACAAGAUAAAAUAUCAGGCCAAUAUUGAACUGAAUAAAGUUAAAACAAAAAUACAGAUCUGUUGGUUAGUUGGUCUUACUUUCUGUAAGUACGUUUAUGUGUAAAGCUAAUAUUCAAUAUUAUUUAUUUUCUUGAUGGGACACUGGACUCAUACUACAAAUAUCAGCAAAACAUAUUAAGGUCUAAAGUUGAAAUCCAAACCAGGAUUUAGCUUUUGACAUUCAUUUGCCAAAUUUUUUGAAUCUACAGUUCUGUGUUCCGUUAUUAUUUCAGUAGGGUUUCCCAGUAGGUGUCUAACAUAAAUGGUGAAUUUAUUAGUAUGUCUAUGUUUUAUUUAUUUUUACCAAUAUUUGGUAAAGCUAAUGUAUUGCAAGGUGUUGUAGGACAUUAUGUCUUUCCCUUAACUUGUGAUUUGCUAGUUGUAUUUCUCCCAAUGGAGACAAAGUUUGUAAGCUACCUGUAUGUACUUUACAUAACUGUGCUCAAUUUCAUGUGAGCUGAAAAGUAACUGUUGCUUGUUACUGUAUGUCUGUAUGAAAUUGAAUUUCUAUUCCUGAUGUAAGUCGAAAGUGACUAGUCUCUUUGUGGUAUCUCAUAUGCCAAUUUUUUAUCUGAUUGGAAACAAUUUUCCAUCUGAUAAGAAAUAAGUCCUGGUUCUUCCCAUUCGUGACACUUUCCUUGUCACCUUAUAUCCUUAGGCUUAGUUGUUAUAUCGAACCAAUGUGCAGUUUAUUUGCGCCAUUUUAAAUUGUGAUUGUAGGAACACAGAGAGAUAAUGGUCUUUGCUGUCAUUCAUUUAUUUCAUUAUAUACAGCUGCCUAUAUUAUAAUAAUCAGUCGCACAAAGUGGCAUUUCAAAAUUUCAUGCACAAGGGAAGAAGAGGUUUUAUGAUAAGUUUUUAAAGUGAAAGAUCUUUCAAAAUGAUGCACUGCUGCAUUCUAAAAUUGGAGCCGUCUUCUUACAGUUAAAAUGUCAAAGUACUGAUUUCAUACAUUCAUCAAUUUGCAUUUGUUAUAAUUUUACCAGUUCUUCACAACUUUGUUAUUGAGAAAUGGUAGGAUCUAUUAUUUCUCUUAAUCAUCUGACGUUGAAGGGAAGUAAAAUGCAGGGGUCCGUAACUUAUUGAAAAUGGGCCUUAAACGUUAAUUUAAAUGUUAAUGUUGAACGCCAAACUUGUAACGAGUAAGUGGCACUUAACGUUAUACGAUGUAACUUUAAGUAUAAGUUAGCGCAAUCCCCGUUACAUAUUCAACAACAAUUUAGUAAACGGAUGAUUGUGCGUUACCAACUGUAACAAUUAAAUGAAACUCGAGAGUUAAAAGUUACUGCUAUAACGUUCACGUUAUAACACGAAACUAGCUCGAUGUAGGUUAGUGUUAUCACACAUAACUUAUAGUUAACCAACAAACCACCUGUCAUCUGACAGAGGUGCGUAUGUCACAAAUUUGGAAUUUUACAGGGGAAGCUCUUUUCUGUGCCAUCAAUCUUUUUUUUUAAAGAAAUGGAUGUAACAGCUAGAAGUUAU